CUCCAUGAGAGGGAGUCAAGUUUCUUCAGUUAAAUUCACAGCCUCGCUCACUUUGCUCAACACACUCGACCAGCCGCCGAUAAGUGAAAUCUUCACGUUUUUUCACUGCUUUUCCGUGGAACAGUCUCCGGUUGGCGGGCGGAUCGUGCCUCGUCGGGAUCUUCCAUACCAAACUGGAUUAAAAAUACUUUAUUAUUGUGACUAUACUUUUUUUCUUUUUUUUCUGGGGGGGUGACAAACACUUUUUUCCCCGGGGGUCACCAUGUUGUGGAAAUUAGCAGACAACGUCAAGUAUGAGGAUGAUUGCGAGGAGAGACACGACGGCAGCAGCAAUGGCAACCCGCGUCUGCCCCACCUGCCGGCGGUCAGCCAGCACCUCUACAGCCCGUCCCCGGCCCUCUCUCACUCGGCCAGCUCGGACUUCCAGCCGCCGUACUUCCCGCCCCCUUACCAGCCCAUCUCCUACCCGCAGUCGGGCGAUCCGUACUCCCACCUGGGCGACCCGUUCAACAUCAACUCGCUGCAUCAGUCGCCGUCGUCAAACCAGCAGCAGCCGUGGCCGGGGCGCCAAGGCCAGGAGGGACUCUCGGCGCACGGCCGCAGCGGCCUGGCCGGCCAGAUCCUCGGCCUGGAGGCGGGCGGAGGCUCAUCCGGGGUGAGGAGGGAAGGCUUCCGCCGGCCGGAGCUGCUGCCUCCACACGCUCACGGCAUCGAGGCGGCGGUGAUCGGCGAGAGCAUGGGCAUGCACGACAUGGGCCACGGGAUGGACGACGUGCAGCACGUGGAUGACCACAGUAUUAUCAUGGCAGACCAGACAGUCAUAAAAAAAGUAUUAGGACUGCGAGGGGCCAGGAGCUUUGAUCGGGUACAAAGGACUUGUUAUCAGGGGGGCAUCGUCGCGGGGCCCGUUACUCUCCCCAAAGGCAACUCGCUGGGCCUACCCUUCCAAAAGGAAUCCCUACUGGGGAUGGUGUCCAACCCCACGGAGGUGUUCUGUUCCGUCCCGGGUCGUCUCUCGUUGCUGAGCUCCACCUCCAAGUACAAGGUGACGGUGGCCGAAGUCCAGAGGCGACUCUCGCCACCCGAGUGCCUCAACGCGUCGCUGCUUGGAGGAGUUUUACGCAGAGCCAAAUCGAAAAACGGAGGCCGUUCGCUGCGAGAAAAGCUGGACAAAAUCGGCCUCAACUUGCCCGCGGGGAGAAGGAAGGCGGCCAACGUCACUCUACUAACCUCGCUGGUGGAAGGCGAAGCUGUUCAUUUAGCCCGUGACUUCGGUUACGUGUGCGAGACGGAGUUUCCUGCCAAGGCCAUCGCGGAGUACCUGGGCCGGCCGCACGUGGAACGCAACGAGGUUAAUUCUCGCAAGAAUAUGCUUCUGGCUGCCAAGCAAAUCUGCAAGGAGUUCACAGACCUACUGACACAGGACCGCUCGCCGCUGGGAAAUUCGCGUCCGGCGCCCAUCCUGGAACCGGGCAUCCAGGGCUGCCUGACCCAUUUCAGCCUGAUCAGCCACGGGUUCGGUUCGCCGGCCAUCUGCGCCGCCAUGACCUCGCUGCAGAACUACCUGAACGAGGCUCUCAAACACGUGGACAAGAUGUACCUGAGCUCCGACGCGCAGGGAGGCGCCGACGGCGGGAGCAAAGCUGCCGACAAACUGGACAAGCACAGGAAAUGAGACCGGCCCCCCUCACCGCUGACCCCCACACUUCUUGUGAACUUCGAAAUCCCCCCUGCCUUCCCACCGUCACUUACAAACUAGUAUUUUCGCGUGAGGCUGCGUUCAAAAUCACUCCCUAUUCAGUAUAUAGUCAACUCUUACAGACGUUUAAAACGUCAACACUUCUUCAUUCCGCGGGAGUCUUCACGAUGAUGUCAACUGAAGAUGUUAAAUUCUUUUUUUUAAGACUUGAAAUACCAGGAAACAUAUUUGAGUAAACUUGUUGUUUUAAAAAGUUAAAGCUGAAGGAAGCACGCUAGUCACGAAGGUAGAUUUGCCUGCUAAUUACACUACUUGGGAAAACACAUUCAUCUUCAUGCUUUAACAUGCUAAAUUUCAUUUUCAUGUCACGUUUUAAUCUGAUAAGUUUUAACAUGACAAGUUUCACUUUUAAACGUGAUGAAUUUCACAUUUUAAAGGGACAAGUUUCAUGUUUUAAGUUUUGAACUUUCAAUUUUUAAAGGGAACCACGGAUAAAAAGACUUGUAGUUCUUCAAAGAUAAACGUUACUAUGAGUUAAAAUAAUUUGAUAUUAAAACCCCACUUGAUGUUUUCGUUUAUAUACAAUUUUUAAAAUUAGUUUAACUUGCCGGGCUUUCAUAGUAUGACUAGCGACAUAAACAUGUCAUCAGUUCAGUCCUUUCAAUUUAAACCCGAGAGGAACAUUAAUAAGUAGGACAGCUCUGUCCAUAUUUCGCAAAAUAAACAGGAAAGACGGGAUGAGACGAGACGAGAGUAUGACGAAACCGGUGUUCUUCCAAAAUGUGCUACACCGGCGAAACGUCCUACAAGAGGCGAAUUCGACACCUAAAAUACUACCGUGCGCUUUUAGCUUGUUUUGUUGAGAUGCAUAUGGGCAGAACAUACUAAAGAUGCUGUAAGAAAAUACUCAAACAUAGUAAUGUCAAAUAAGGGUGGUUUAAAUACGCUACGUGACUAAUGUGGUAAACAGAUCAAGAAUCUGCUUUAAAGUGCAUGUGACACGAAAAAGCGUGUUUAUUUCAUAAUACAUGCGGUAUUUUAUGCGCCUGAAUGAUAUGGACCGCUUGGAUGUGUGUGGAAGCGAUCGCUAUAUUUAUUUAGUUUUUUGAAUCCCGCGCCAUGAAAAUGAGUGACUUCCGGCUUCGGUCUUGCAUUGAGGAGGAGGGCGCUGGGACGUGUACGGGUGAAGGCAUCCUCUUCACUAAACAGUGGUACUGUUUUGUAUGAGGACUAAGGAGUCAGCUGAUUUUGCGGAUUAAUACGUUUAUUUUUCGCAUCACGCCGGCCAAACGGCUGCAGAAAAAUCUUGCUUUAUGAGGGAGAGGCGUGUGCGCCUUUUUGGAGUUUCAAAAGGUUCCCAUUCACCGUGGAUAUUGGCCAAAACAAGCCCUUCUACUGUGGGAACAUUGGACUUACGAGGAAGUGAGUAAACAUCGUGUUUUGUAUUAUAUUUGUAUUAAAUACGAAUACAGCGAUUACAAAGUAAACACUACAAACUAUAUUUAAAUAAAGGACUACUUACGUUUGAUCAUUGAUAGGCAUAUAAAAAGCUCUCCUCGUGCACAUUAGCUGCACGUUAGCUGCACAAAAACUGCAGCCGCCCUCCUCCGGGGAACCAACUGUAAAUUGCUCUCUUUGUCAAUCCGCGAAGACAAUCGACAACCCAGUCGUCAUGUCAAAUAAUCCGGGCUAGUUAUGUGUGAUUUUCCGCUUCGAAGACUUUGAAACAUCACUCGGUUCGGGUUAGCAUGUCAGCUAGCUGUCACGCCUCUUGGUUUGUUUACAUUCUCCGAAGCCGGGGAAGGGAAAUGUCAUAUGUCCGAUUUAGGUGUCAUAAAAUAUCAUUCGGGAGGUGUGACAGUAAAGGUGAAGUCGACAAUUUUGACCAUUAUGGAGUAAUUUUGCCAUGUCGUCCUGAAUAAGUGCAUUUUUAUUAUUUCAUAUUCUAUUUAGCACAAGACUGUUAUUUGUCAUGACCAUGCCAUUUAUUUAGCAAUUGGAGAAAAUACUUGGAUAAAAAGAAUAUCCUGUAAAAAUAUUGAAGAGACAGAAACAAUGACAUUUUGCAGCUCUCUGGGCCGUCAAAAUUAAUUAAAUAAGGGUCUCCAGUGGAAACGUCUCUCGUGCGACAUACCAACGCAUAGAUCAUGGGACAAAACCUGAAAGAGAAACGCAACUGAAAAGAAAGUGUGGCUGGCUUGACCACGGAAUUAGAAAACACGGCGAACUUCAGACAGCAAUAACAUAGGAAUUGUGUUAAAGGGUUUAUUGAACACACAAGAAAAGCACACAGAAAGGGUCUGGGACAGUAGGUCGGGAUCAAUAAAAAAAAAACAACCUGAGGCAAAACCAUGGUGAGAGGCAGACAAAUGUAAAAACAAGGCAAUAAUGCCACUAGCAACGAAGGGAUAUACAAAGUGUCAAAUGGCAGUAAAUCAAUAUCUUUGGCAAGCCGCUUAGGAUCGGUUUAAAGUAGGGCUGUCAAACGAUUAAAAUUUUUAAUCGAGUUAAUUACAGCUUAAAAAUUAAUUAAUCGUAAUUAAUCGCAAUUCAAACCAUCUAUAAAAUAUGCCAUAUUUUUCUGUAAAUUAUUGUUGGAAUGGAAAGAUAAGACACAAGAUGGAUAUAUACAUUCAACAUACGCUACAUAAGUACUGUAUUUGUUUAUUGUAACAAUAAAUCAAUAAGAUGGCAUUAACAUUAUUAACAUUCUGUUAAAGCGAUCCAUGGAUAGAAAUACUUGUAGUUCUUAAAAGAUAAAUGUUAGUACAAGUUAUAGAAAUUUUAUAUUGAAACCCCUCUUACUGUUUUCGUUUUAAUAAAAUUUGUAAAAUUUUCAAUCAAAAAAUAAACUAGUAGCCAGCCAUUGUUGAUGUCAAUAAUUACAUAAUGCUCAUGGGUGCUUAAGCCCAUAAAAUCAGUCACACCCAAGCGCCAGCAGAGGGCGAAAAAAACUCCAAAAAACACAAGUAACAAGUUGGCAUUGCACUGUGCUGUCAUUUUAAUCUGUUUGAGCGAGGCAUGUGUGUUAAUUGCGUCAAAUAUUUUAACGUGAUUAAUUAAAAAAAAAAAACGCCCGUUAACACGAUAAUUUUGACAGAUCUAGUUUAAAGACACUGCUGAUGAGCUGGAAUCCAGGUAUGACAUCGGGAACUCAUCCCACAGCUCUUCAACAAAACAAUCUGACCAGCAGCAGAAUGUGACAAAAUCAUGUCAGUCGUCAUAAUAGCUUCGCUUGCUAGCUAGCACAGCUAUUCUCCCAGUUCAGGCCAACUACAGCAUCACCCUGAGCGUCCAUUGCACACAUAAAACGCCCUCCGUAGGUCAAAACAUGUAUUAAAUAUUUUAGAUUUUUAAAUGAAUUGCAAUAAUUCAUGCACUUCUAAUAACACUUUAGUAAAAAAGAACAACUUUGGCUUACUAGAGCCUACAAGUCUUUAAGUCCGAGGCUCCCUUUAAAGUAGUUUCAAUGUAACCUUUCACAUUUUAACGUUUUACCACAUCAAGUUUCACAUUAUAACAAAAUUAGUUUCAUAUUUUAAAGUGAUACGUUUUAACAAUCCGAGUUACAUGUUAACGUGACGAGUUUCACGCUUCAAAAUGAUGAGUUUCGCAUUUUACGCGAUACGCUUUAAUGUAACACGUGUCACAUUUUAAAUUGAUUUCUCACACUUUAACGCGGUUAUUUUCACAUAUUCACAUCAUAAGUUUCAAUGUUAAAUCAUGAUAAAUUAAACUUCAGAUCACUAGCUUAGCUCAUGUUGCGUUUUAUCUCACAAAGUUACUCUUAAAUUCCGUCAUGCUAGUUCAGGGUUGCCCUGAACAUGAAAACAACUCAUAACGUGAGCUAUUUAUAGCAUUUGAAUUGGACUUUUAACUCCAUCAAAAUCUUUAUAUAGUGAUUAGGGAACGAGUGAACCGUUCCGAAACCAGCCUGCGUUUAAGCAGAUAAGCGCUUGUUGUUUUGUUUUUCUCCCCCCAUCGAGAGGACAUCAUUUCAAAAUGAGUUGCUGUGAGCUCCCCUUCCUUCUUCCUUCCUCCUCCUCCUCAGUGGCGUCUGGAGGCAAAUCCUCUGAUUUCCUGUGUCUCGACGGACUCGCAAAAGGACUACUUUUUUUGGUUGUUUUUAUGGGAACGAGACGCCAAUUCCCCUCGGUUAUUAUUACUCGUGCUUUGUUUUGUGCUGUCUGAAUGGGUCACACAACAGAAGCCUCCGUUUUGACCGUCUUAAAGGAGACAUUUUAUGUACCGUAUUUUCCGGAUUAUAAAUCGCUCUGGAGUAAGUAAGUGGAAUUUGUCAAAAAAAAGCAUCAGACAAAGGAGAAAAUAUAGAUAAGUCGAAUUUUUAGUAACUCAAACGCAGUCAUUAGGAUUGCUUCAGCCGCAAAAUAGCAGUUCAAAUGUAGUGAAUACUUGCCAAAAACAUGGCAUUGCCGCCAUGUUUCGCAGGGUAAUGAAUAACAGUUGUGCUGCUAGUGCUAACGUACGUACAGUUUUUUCUAAUACUCGGCUCAACGUGUUAGCUUAAAUCAGUGCUUCUCAAUUAUUUUCUGUUACGCCCCCCAAUAGGAAGACGUAAACGUUCCGCGCCCCCCACCCAACUCUCUGCCGCUACUGUAAAUAUACCGUAGUAUCAUUUGUCUAUAAAAUUCUUAUUAUUAUAAUAUGAGUACACUUCUGGAUAACAUUGUGCCCUUUUUUAAUAUUAAAGAAAAAAAAGUGUUAAAAAAAAAGAACACAUCCAUACUGUAAAAAUAGACUCAAGGUAAGUUUUUUGACCGUUUGAUACUGAAAAAAAUAAAAUAAAAUAAUCAUAGAGUCAAAUUGAUUAGCAACAUUAACUCAAGAGGACAAUAUGCCAAACCAUUAGACUGAAAAAACAAAAAUUAAUAGAAAUAAAACGACUGUCAUUGGACAGAGAGUUUUUAUUUUUGCUGGAGGCAGUAUCAGCUCCUUUGCUGUGGUGUUGGGUUAUUUUGCAUUAUGUGAUGCUGACAGUGCUUGCUGGUUUUCUGAUGUAACACUGACAAAGCGGGAUGAUUGUUGGCAAUAUUCGGCACCUUUUAGCUAAAAAAAAAAAAUCCUACUGUCCCCUGCGAACAUUUUUAAACGAAGUAAACAGACUGGUCUUUCCUCGUCUCCCACCGUACUAAAAGUCAAAAGCCAAAUGCUACAUACGCUUCGUCAUACUUCUUUGUCUUAGCUUUUCAUAUCUCCAGUGCUCUUUGCUGUGUGCUUUUGUUUGGUUCAAAAUACUGCGCACAUGCUGAAAAUGAGAGCACCACUGCCACCCUCUCAGCAGAUGUGCAAUUACACUUUAUUCUAGUUCAGCAAAAAAAUAUGUUCCCCCAGCAUCCCCCUUGGCCCACCCCCUAUUUGAGAAGUACUGGCUUAAGUUAUCUUACAUUAGCUCCUGGCUUUGGUUACUAGCUUCCCGGGACCAAUUUGUUGUUCAACUAGCCUCCAAAACGUUCAAUGUGUAACCAGUGUGUCAACUCCGCCAUGCGUUCCGCUCCCACCUCUAACUAGGCUGGGACGCGAACCUGGGCGCCACGACGCUUCCACUCGGCAGGUAGGGACGCUAACCACUGCGCUAUAAAAUUCAAGCCAACAGCACAGCCGCCAUCGUCCCUACAUGAAGGAAUCGGCAGGGAGGUUUCCACGCUCCACAAUGGACCUGCAUUUACCCGUUACACAUGUAUCUUCCGUUCUCAGUUCAGGUGACGUAUGUUUCUUGACGAACCUGCAGAGACGAUUUUAGACUGUUCAGAUUUAUGUAGCUACGCUAUGUAGUUUAAACUCCGCUUGUCAAAAACAGGACAUAUACAACUCCAGCCUACUUAUAUUUCAAUUAAAAUAAACAACGUUCGCAAUACUUAGCUCACUGCAGUCAUGUUAGCUUAAAUUAACUUACAUUAACUCCUGGCUUUGGUUACUAGCUUCCAAUAAAUAAGUUGUAGUUCAGCUAGCCCCAAAACAUUCAGUGUAUCUUCCGUUCCCAGUUAAGGCGACGUGUCUUUCUUCAAGUAGCUGCAGAGACGAUAUUACACUGUUCAGAUUUAUGUAGCUACGUUAUGUAGCUUAAACGCCACCUGUCAAAAACAGGACGGACACAACCGCAGUCUGCUUAUAUUUCCAUUCAAAAUAAAAUAACUUUCGCGAUACUUAGCUCACAGCAGUCGCGUUAGCUUAAAUUAUCUUAAAUUAGCUCCCGGCUUCAGUUAGUAGCUUCCAGUGACCAAGUUGUUUUUCAGUUAGCCUCCAAAAUGUUCAUGUAUCUUCUGUUCUCAGUUCAGGCGAUGUAUCUUUCUUCAAGUAGCUGGAGAGAAGAAUUUAUACGGUCCAGAUUUUUGUCGCUGAAACUCUGCUUGUCAAAACCAGGAUACAUUCCACUCCAGCCUGCUUUUAUUUCCAUUCAAAAUAAACAACGUUUGCAAUACUCAGCUCACCACAGUAACGUUAGCAUAGCUUAGCUUAGUUGUCUUAGCUCCCAGCUUAGGUUACGAGCUUCCAGUGACCAAGUUGUUGUUCAGCUACACUCCAAAAUAUUCCCUGUAUCUUUUGCUCUCCGUUCAGGCAUCGUAUGUUUCUUCACGUAGAUGGAGAGAUGAGUUUAGACAUUUCAGAUUUACCUCGCUACGUAAUGUAACUUAAACUCCGCUUGUCACAAACAGAACGAAUACAACUCUAGUCUGCUUAUUUUUUCCCAUUCAAAAUAAACAACGUUCGCAGUACUCAGCUCACUGCAGUCACAUUAGCUUAACUUAGCUCAGUUUUCAUACGUGGCUUCCCAUUCUCCACCUAAGGUUACUAGCUUCGGUUACUACCUUCAAGUGACAAAGUUGUCGUUCAGCUAGCCUCCAAAACAUUCCGUGUAUCUUCCAUUCUCAGUUUAGGCGACCUAUCUUUCUUCACGUAGCUGCAUAGACGAUUUUAGAUUGUUCAGAUUUAUGUAGCUACGUUAUAUAGCUUAAACCCCGCUUGUCAAAAACAGUCGGAUGAAAUACAACUCCAGUCUGCCUAUUUUUUUUCCCCAUUCAAAAUUAAAAACGUUCGCAAUUCUCAGCUCACCGAAGGCCUGUUAGCUUAGCUUAGCUUAGCUUAGUUGUCAUAGCUUCUCAUUCUCCACAUUAGCUCCGGGCUUUGGUUGCUAGCUUCCAGUGACCAAAUUUUCGUUCAGCUACCCACCAAAACGUUCCGUGUAGCUUCCGUUCUCAGUUCAGGUGAAGCAUCUUUCUUCACGUAGCUGCAGAGACGAUUUUAGACUGUUCAAAUUUUUGUAGCUACGUUACGUAGCUUAAACUCUACUUGUCAAAAAAAGUCAGGACAAGUACAACUCCAGCCUGCUUAUUUUUUUUCCCCAUUCAAAAUUAACAACGUUCGCAAUACUCAACUCACCACAGUCGUGUUAGCUUAGCUUCGCUUAGUUGUCAUAGCUAGACAUUCUUCAUCAUGAAAACAUACAUACAGUAUCCUUUGCAGUUGUUAUUAUACUGGUUUGGUUAGAUGUAAAUGUAGUCAAAACUGAUAGGCUAGGUUCAUACCACAGGUCUCAAUGUAAAAAUCAGAUUUUUUAAAAAAUCAUAUCUGGUCUUUUUGCAUGCCCGUUCAGACUACCAUUUUUAAUCGUGGCCCGAAAAGUGUCAUCACAAAAUCGUAGAGAAUAAAGUGACCUGCAUACGCAGAUGUAGAAAAAUACGUCACAAGAAAGAAUAAUUAACUAAAUAAUUAACAUGGAUGCCUGUGACAUCGCUGUCCAUGGAUUUAUGUUGAAACUCUUGAGCUAUGGAAUUAGCCGAAUGCUAGCACAGGCCUCUAGGAAUAGCAGGAUGUCGUCUUGUGGAGCAUUGGUACCUCUAGUUCAACGUGCUAAUUCACCACUUGCUAAGCAAUACGAAUUAACGUCAUUAGCAGUCGCCAGAAUUCCGAUUUGGGAGACUUGAGAGUUCAGACAGCAGCUACAUUCUGGAAAAAUGUGGCCCAGAUUGGAUUUAAAAUCCCGUGUAAAAGUGACCUGGAUCGGAUUUGAAAUGGUCAACGUCUACCCAACUUGUCCCGUUCAGAGCGUCAAGUUGAUGCUUCACUCGAGUCGGAAAAACACAAAUAAAAUCGGAUUUGUGCAUUCAGAUGAAGCAAGCGUAAGAGUUUCUUGACUUCAUAAUCACAAGGCAAGAACGCCCUCUCUCAGUGGGUUGUGGAAAAUGUUUACUCCAUAAUCUACCAGUAUAACAAAAUUAUUUAUUUUAACAUUUUAUAUAUUGCGAUUGAGUAUAAGUCGCAGGCUCAGCCACAGUAUG